ACUUUGUGUUUCUUUCCCUCAAGCAGCAGAGCGCCUUGCAAUUUGAAGUGUGCGUUGUCCGGUGGAGGAUUUGGGGAUAAACUGAGCGGUCCUAUUUGGAGACUUCCCAAUGCAUCUCUGGACGUCGUCCAUGGCUGAGUACAGGGUCGAAACCCUAGGUCGGUGUUAAUGUGUUCCGUUGGACCCCACCCUACGGUGAAAUCAAUCUCCUUUCCUUCCAGCUUGGGAGGGUUUACCAGUUCACUUGUUUGGAACAACUGCUGAAGGCGGUGGAUGUUCGCUCCGUGUUUGUGUUGAACUGGAUGUAACCAAGAAGCUCCCACGCUCGCCGUUUGGAUCCCAUCUAGGUCAAUUCUCUCUUCUCCAGCCCAUGUACUAUGAUGACCUUCCGAAUUUUUUGGUCACAAAAACUGCAAAUUGAAGUGUUCUACCUACACCCGGAUGGUUUAAAGAGAGAUAGUGGGUGCUCCCCCAGCCUCCUCCAAAUCUUUAGGAAGAUGUAUUGGGACAGUGACGGAAGCUAGGAGUGUUUUGGCCUCUGCAAAUGAUGUUACACUAAAGCUCAUUUUGGUUUGGCUAAAUUAAUUGGUGUGGUGGACCUGAUUUUCUGACAAAAUUACCAAGAUCUGAAAUUUUUGUACCGGGUAUCUCGUCCAGUCGUUUGAGAUGGCAGAAGACGGGAAGUUCCGAAUUGAGAAGUUCGAUGGUACAGAUUUCAGUUGGUGGAAGAUGCAAAUUGAAGAUUUGCUGGUUCAAAAAGAUUUGGACGUGGUUUUAGGUGACAAGCCAGAAAAGAUGUCGGAUGCAGAUUGGGCAGGUUUGGAUCGGAAAGCAAUGUCCGUGAUCCGUCUCUCGUUGACCAAGAAUGUUGCGUUCAACAUUCUGAAGGAGAAGACAGCGAAGGGAAUUAUGGAAGCGCUGUCUAAUAUGUACGAGAAGCCAUCUGCAGCUAACAAAGUUUUUCUGAUUAGAGAGCUGGAGGUAGGGCAUUUUAGGAAUCAAUGUCCGAAUGAUAAGAAAGUAAACAUUGCUCAAGGCUCUGCGAGUGACGAGGAGGUCGCUCUGACUUGCUGUGAGGAAAGCAAUGUGGAUUCCUGGGUCAUGGAUUCUGGUGCUUCAUUUCAUGCUACCCACAGCGGUGAAGCAUUGCAGAAUCUAGUUUUUGGAGACUUUGGAAAGGUACGACUAGCAGACGACAGAGCUCUUGAGGGACACGAGGUGAAGUUCAGAGAUGGGCAGUGGAAGGUCGUGAAGGGAAAUCUUGUCAUGGCCUGUGGAAGGAAGAGAGGUUCGUUGUAUAUGGUCGAGUUACUAUCUGAGGGAGUGACCGUCCCAGUUCAGAAGAAAAACGAAGUCCGGUUCACAGAGUCUCGUGGGCAGAAUAAGGUUGUCUGUGCAAGAGAGAAACCUAGAGCCACUGGUCAGACUCAGGAUGAACGAGCGUGGAAAGGUUCAAGGAGGCCAGUUAGAGGUAUUUGUGGCAGUGGGAUCUCAAGAGGCGCUUCAGCCAAGUUGCCUAGAAGACAGUGGGUCAGGAGAACCAGUAUUCCAGCUGUUGGAACAUCUCCAGAAAAUUUCCUGCUGAGUAUGGAGAGUGUUUGUUCUCAAGAUGUUCCAGGAUCCGGCAGUGUGCGUCUGCAGUGGGAGCCGGUAGGGACCGAGGACGAGUCAGGGGCAGAUGUUGCCGUGACUGAUGUGUUGGAGCUUGGGAGAGCUUCAACGGGCCUUUCAGUUGUCUAAUGAUAGGGCCGCUGCAACAAGAGAGCUGAGAAAGAUUACUCGAUGUACAGGGAAUCGUGGUGGAUGGCAGUUGAUGACUAUCAAGCCUCCAAGUGGGAGAAUGUUGGAUUUGUGGAGGCUUGGGCUUGACUUUUGGCCCGGCCCAUGUUACGAAACCCUAGAUGCACUCUUCCUAUAUAUAUUGCAUACUUGUAGUUGUAAUCGGUACCACAAGUGAAAUAAGAAAUUCCUCCUGUU